GCCCCGUCAGAAUCCAGAAGGGAAUCUUGGCCUUCAACAUGGGAAGUUUCCCUAUUAAGGAACUGUAUCUUCCUGAGAUUUUCUAGUGUCCUUAAAGGAUCAAGAUUGGGUCGGGCACACAGUGUGUGCUAAGAAAAGAAUAUUUUAUUGACUUAAAUUCUCAUAGAAUGUGAAUUACUUAGAGACGCUGACUUUAAGCCUCAGUGAAUACUUGCUGCAAGUUGGUCCAGUUCUCAGUGAAUAGCCAUGGGCCCAAAAAAAUAUACCAAGUUUCAUGAUAACAGACCAUCAAAGAUUGCGGGAAAUGUCUCUAUUAAAUUUCAGAAAAAAAUAGGUCCAGAUGGUGACGAGAUAUAUGAUACGACAGGGCAAUCAAAAUUUGUCCUUAAGAACCUCAGACACUACACAGUCCAUCCAAAUAUGGCCAAGUACUAUGAGCCUUUGAAGCCCAGUAAACUGCAAAGAUUCCUGACUCAAAGGAAUAAAAUCAAUAGUUUCAUGAUGAAAGUGACAGAGUAUGAUCAGGAUAUGACCUUACUGCUCAUGACCAACAACCCACCUCCCUGCUCCGUGGGCCAGGAGGAAAAUGAUGGUGCUCCAAAAUACUUUCCUCCGGAAUUCCAGCUAAAGGAAACUUGCCAUCAGCACAAACCCACCAAGAACUUCUGCCUUCUCACAAUGCCUCAGGAAAAGAAGUUAAGACCAGAUCUGAAGUCAGUCUUCCCUGUGAUCCGGAUAGGUGACCCUACAGCCAAGGGGCAGCAGUGGUUUAGGUUUUCCACUGAGAAUGAUUUCAAGACCGAAGGGAGGUAUUCCGAAAUCUAUGCUUUGAGGAAACAGAAAAAAAUGUAUCCUAAGCUCAUCUUCGCUCCAGUCUGCCAGAGAAGGGCAAAGGAAGACGCUUCCAAGAAGUCAGAGGGUGAGAAGCCAACUUCGCAAGUGCUCUGGGAACCACUGACAUUUUCAAAGCUCCUGGAAGAGAAGCCCACCAGAUGUGUGCCAGGAGAUAGCGUCUUUCGCUACGGGAGGGCCCAGCAGUGGGUUAUCAAAAAUGCCGCUGUCAUUAAGUGAAGGCAAAUCCUUCAAGUCCAACUCCUGGCUCUCCAAGAAACUGAGGAGGCCUAGAGAAGUCACCAACCAAAUAAAGUUCCACACUUGCUGCCUCAAA